AGAAAAGCUCUGGAGGAAAAAGGUUUAAAACUUAGUAGGACAAAAACAGAGUAUUUGGAAUGUUCAUUUAAAGAUGGAGCUACUACAAAUAAAAUGGUAUCUUUGGAUGGUGAAAUGAUUGUGAAAAGCAAUAGUUUUAAGUACCUAGGAUCGGUAUUACAGAGUAAUGGAGAAAUAGAUGGAGAUGCAUGCAGUAGAAUUAGGGCUGGAUGGAUGAAGUGGAAAGAAGCGAGUGGUGUGUUGUGUGACAGAAAAAUUCCAAUGAAGCUGAAGGGAAAAUUCUAUAAAACAGCCAUAAGACCGGCUAUGAUGUACGGAACUGAAUGUUGGGCAGUGAAAAAGAAAGAGGAACAACGAAUGCAUGUGGUGGAAAUGAGAAUGCUUAGAUGGAUGAGUGGAGUGACAAAGAAGGAUAAAAUUAGAAAUGAGUAUAUUAGGGGAAGUCUAGGUGUGGCACCAAUUGAUGCCAAAAUGAGAGAGCAUAGGUUAAGAUGGUUUGGUCAUGUUCAACGUCGAGACGUUAAUCACCCAAUACGAAGAAUAGCUGAAGUGCAGAUUUCUGUAAUGAGAAAAUUGAAACUCUUCUCUCCUACUUCUGGUUCUGACUGCUUAAAAGAAAUUAGUGGAUACCAACAUUGGUAUAAAAUGAUAACGACGAUUUGCUUAGAAACAGCGGGAAAAUCGCUGGGGUUCACGAUACACCAUCACCAUCGCCGGGCUGGAAUUAACCUAGCCGGCUGGGAAACUGGAAAACUACUCCAUGACGACGGCCCUAAGGGAACCAAAACUCAACUUAACUCGAUGAUGGCCCUGGGAGAACUCUUCUCCAUGACGAUGGCCCUAAAGGAACCAAAACUAAACUCAACUCGAUGGUGGCCCUGGUGGAACUGA